AAAACAGAGAGUCGGAUUUGGUAAAGAGGAAUUGAGCGAAUAGGUUGAUUGAUUGAUUGAUUGAGAAAGUAGUAAUGGGAAGCGCACCAGCACAGAUUCCGACUAGCUUCGGCCAUGAGCUUAGGGCUUGUCUUCGCUGCCGACUCGUCAAGACCUAUGACCAGUUCAGGGACGCAGGGUGCGAGAAUUGUCCGUUCUUCAAGAUGGAAGAGGAUCACGAGCGUAUCGUCGAAGUCACUACUCCUAAUUUCAAUGGCAUAAUAUCUGUGAUGGAUCCAAGUAGAAGCUGGGCGGCUAGGUGGUUAAGAAUCGGGAAGUUUGCUCCUGGUUGCUACACUCUCGCUGUCUCCGAGCCACUCACAGAGGAAAUGCAGCACAUAUGCCAAGAAGAGCGUGUACAAUACGUUCCUCCGAAACGCAUGUAAAAGCAAAUACAUCAAGACAUAGAACGCAAGUAGUACUCUUUCUUAUGUUUAGCUUCAUGUUAACAAUACCAGGUGCUUAUAUGUGUCUUCAUGUUGACAGUUUCCAAGAUGUCGUUGCUUCUUUGAGUACCUUAGGUUUCCAUCUAUGUAAGGUCGUUAUGUAUAACUUUUGAACUUCCCAGACCAAAUGCUUCUCUGAGAGAAAACGUUUUGUUAGGAAAAGUGUAAACAUCAGUACGAAAGCCAACUCUAAGCUUCUUGGAAUUAUAAAACGUUUUGUCA